AUGGCGGAGGGAUACUUGCAUGACGCAAUAAUCUUCGCCGCAGUAACCAUAAAUUACAUUGCACACCCGCCGACCGGAGAGCUCAAGGAUGCGGCACCACCUGCCCCCCACGAGGAAGAGGACAUUUCCAGUGGGCCUCUGCCCCGAUGGCUGCGCUCAACUCUCCAACGCUUUCAGAGUAGCCAGUUCCUCAUGGUAGCCCCCAAGUAUGACAGUCGAUGGGACCAUAAAGAGUGGUUUGUCGGUGUACUCGACUGGCUCGUCGUUGCUAUUCGUAAAUCCGUCGUUGAGUACCAUUGGAGUUACGACGAAAACAACCUUUUGUGGCCAACCAGCAGGCAUAUAGUCCAUGCCAGGUCAUGUAUCCUUGCCGGAUCGGUCUUCCUCGAGGCCGCUUUUACGAAAGUGCUACAGCAGAAUGUUAUGAGAGUCUUUCCGUCCCAUGAGCCGCUGACGGAAACCAUGAUCUGCCGGCCCGUUGUCGAGCAGAUCAACGCCGCAAAUACGCGCGACUACAUAGUCCAGGUUGGCGGCUAUGGUAUGAGCCAGUACCUCCUUCGCCGACUCGACAAAUUGUACCCCGGAAGCGUCCCUCAGCUUGAGAGCAACAAAUGCGGGCUUGUGACCGUCUAUGGUGCCGUAGCGCGCAAGCUCAACGACAUUGCAACUGCGGCGGGGGUUGUGCCUCAUCCCCCAAUGUCAGUUACCAAUGUGAAGGCCCGAACCAGCUUUGGCAUCCGCACCGAGGAACAGAUCCCUGGGCCCAAGAUGAUGACGUGGGUCAUAAAAAUGGUAACGGGUCCCUACCCAAAACACCACAUCGCCUAG